AUGCACCUAAGAGGAAACGGGCUUUUGGAAACCAUCGAUAGUUCAAAAACGGUGUCGGAUGAGAAAAAGGCUAAAGCCAUGAUAUUUUUACGACACCACAUCCAUGAUGGUUUAAAGGAUGAAUAUAUUACGAAAGAGGAUCCUUGUGACCUCUGGAAAUCUUUAAAAGAGAGGUUCGAUCACCAAAAAUAUGUGAUCUUACCGAAAGCUAAACACGAGUGGAUCCAUCUCCGGUUCCAGGAUUACAAAAGUGUUAGUGAGUUUAAUUCUGCGAUGUUCGGAAUUACUUCGAGGAUGAUGUUAUGUGGAGAGAAAAUAAGUGAUUAUGAUAUGAUCGAGAAAACUCUCUCCACGUUCCAUCCUGAAAAUGUAAUCCUGCAGCAACAGUACCGGGUGAGUGGAUAUACCCGUUACUCGGAGUUGAUGCAAGUCCUCCUUGUAGCGGAGCAGAAUAAUCAACUCGUGACUUUAAACCAUCAAGCUCGUCCCACUGGAUCUGCUCCAUUCCCAGAAGCGAAUGUUGCAUCAUCCAGUUAUGAUAAUAGGAGAGGACGAGGUCGUGGACGUGGUGGAAACCGUUAUCAUGGUCGUGGAAGAGGACGAGGAAGAAGAUUCCGUCCCUAUGAUAAAAGAAAUAAUAAAGACUUCCACGAAAAUGAAAGGAAUGAAAAAGACCAGGAUGAUAAAAGGCAAACAAGGAGAGGGUUUGCUACAGAUGCGGCAUGGAAGAUCAUUGGAGAAUCCCAAAAGGGAAAAGAGAAAGGAAGAGGUGAAACUAACUUCAUCUCUGAUGAACCUGGGCCAUCCUUUCAUGGUUUAAACGAUGAUACUCAUCUCGACGUAUCAGACUUUCUGGUUGAGCCAGAGAGUAUCGAUGAGUGA